UCAUAUACUAUAUCAUGUAUCAUUGUAUCUUGUCACUGCCGUAGGCCCUAUGUGCCAUCUAGGCACCUACGUGGAAUAGCUGACUAACUAACUAACUAUAUUAUCGUUGCAUUCGCAGGAGCUGUUGUCAAAGAGCGAUGUUGUCGGCGCACUACACGGGGCGACGUCAUCGGAGUGAAACUGUUGUCGGUUGAAUAGACACACACACACGUGACACGGACUCUGGGACCAUGUAGCGCGACAGCGCGUCUGUGUGUUCAGCACAGCCUUUGUGUGUGAGCGCUAGUAAGGCAUGUCCCGCACCAACUCCCCACCCCCGCCCACCGUCACCGUUACCGUCAUCCUCGUCACCGACGCAAGCUCUUCAGGUAACGGAACCACGGCGGCGGCAGCGGCAGCGUCGCCCCCCUACGAGCUAUGGGCAAGCGUGGUGAUCUCGGUGAUGCUCAGCGUCCUCAUCCUGCUCACGAUUCUCGGCAACGUGCUAGUCAUCCUCGCCGUGCUUCUCGUUCAGAAGCUGCGAACUCCGUCGAACUACCUGAUCGUGUCGCUAGCCGUUGCCGACCUCAGCGUGGCGCUGCUCGUCAUGCCGUUCUCUCUCAUCUACGAGGUAACCGGUGGAUGGGUGCUCGGUGACGUCAUGUGUGACGUGUGGACGUCCAGCGACGUGUUACUGUGUACGUCGUCGAUUCUCAACUUAUGUAUGAUCAGCGUCGACCGGUACUUCGCGAUCACGAAGCCGCUUCAAUACGCGCUGAAACGCACGCCGCGUCGUAUGGUCGCCACCAUCGUUCUCGUCUGGGCCGUGUCGGCUCUUAUAAGCAUCCCGCCGCUGUUCGGUUGGAAAGAGCCGCAGCCUCCAGGACAAUGCGUUGUCAGUCCGAACAUCUGGUAUCAGCUGUACGCGACGGUGGGGGCGUUCUACCUCCCCUGUGCCGUCAUGGUGUUCGUAUACUAUAAGAUCUACCACGCGGCGAAGGAGAUCGCAGAGAAAGAAGCUCGCUCUCAGCGAACGAUGACGAUGUAUAAACGACAGUCGAUGCAACGAGAGCGAUGGAACGGCGUAGCGGCGACGACGACGACGACGACGACGACGACGGUGGGUGAUGACGAUACCUCGCAGCACCAUCCCAGCAUGUUCCGGAACAGUCUGACGAAGUUCGGACCUAUGAUACGCGAUCGCUUGAAGCUGUAUCAUCAGCGGGAACCUCAGGAUCGUAAGGACAGCGACACGAGUCUAACGAAGGAACGCAAAGCUGCGAAAACUCUCGGCAUCAUCAUGGGAACAUUCAUCUUCUGCUGGCUUCCGUUUUUCAUCCUCGCCGUCAUGGGGCCCGUGUGCGGAGACCGCUGCAACAUCCCGCCUCCCGUCUACAGCUUCUUCCUCUGGCUCGGCUACUGCAAUAGCCUCUGCAACCCGAUCAUCUACGCGACCUUCAAUCGCGACUUCCGGCAUCCCUUCCGGGAGCUCCUCUGCUUGCGUUGUCGGACGAUGCACGAGCGACUGCGACGGGAACUGUACGACGACACGUACGGUGGCGUUGCCGUGUCGUCGGUUAAGCGACCGAGUGCCGACGCGGGGAGCUGUCUGCGUGCCGACACCGUCAUACAUUACCACAGCACGGGCGACACGCGCGUCGUCGUCGUCGACAAGCUUGGGUCUCACCAGUACGACGACGACGACGUCAACCACCAUCAUCAUCACCAACACGUCGACAGCCCCGCACACCUUCUCGUCGACAACUGCGUCUGACGCAACGCUUAUCGUGACGCUAAACACUGAUGCAGGGAACGGGCGCCGCCGUUUCCUGGCGACGUGCAGAUAUUCGUAAUGUCGUCGGCAUUGUAGAACGAUGGUGGCCCGCUAUGUGGCGCUGCUGCCUCCCCGGCGACGUACAGAUAUGUGUGUUGUCGUCGGCGUUGCAAAACAAUGGCGGGUGGUUAUCGUCUCGUCGGCUGGUGCAGCUAAAAGCUGGGACGACUCUCACAACCUACCUAAACAACAGUUACAGCAAUCACCAUGUUGCUGUCCGUAGGUAGGCAGGUAUACGGAUAGUCAAUGUUACAAGGCGGGAUGCUGCAAUGUGCGCGCCACGGUCGCUGCUAGCAACAAUAGCAGCUCCACGCACAAACGGGUGACUGAACACGUUUACCCUCGUACGCCCAGUGCAGGGGUGGAGUUGACACAGUGGUGGUGAGUAGGCUUGCCUGUCCGUCGCUCCAGGCAACGCGACAACGUCGGCUCCACGUGACCGCACAAUCCGAGGUAGCCGUGACGUUCUCCUCAGAUGACUCCCCGCCACCUUGUGUUGCGCAUGCGCGGUGUAUGCACGAGCUCCCCGGAUGUCUACAGGGUUCUUAGUAAGGUUAAGUUGCGAUCACCGUAGCAACAGAGUGGGGAAGUGAAAGAGAGAGAGAGAGAGAGAGAGAGAGAGAGAGAGGGGCGGAUCUAGGGGGGCUUAGUGUGCAGUCACUGACGGCUGAUCGUGCUAGGCAGGAGAGUGGCCCGCACCGAGUAAUCAACGAGAGAUCGAAUCUAUGUGAUCGCAAUGUCAAUGCUGGCAACGGGCGUGGGUGUGUGUCACCAUGUCAUGGUGUCACACAUCAGCUCCUGUGACAAGCAUGGGUGUGUGUGUCACCGUGUCAUCGUGUCACACAUCAGCUCCUGUGACAAGCAUGGGUGCGUGUGUCACCAUGUCAUCGUGUCACACAUCAGCUCCUGUGACAAGCAUGGGUGUGUGUGUCACCAUGUUACAACGUGUCACACAUCAGCUCCUGUGACAAGCAUGGGUGUGUGUGUCGCCAUGUCAUCGUGUCACACAUCAGCUCCUGUGGCAAGCAUGGGUGCGUGUGUCACCAUGUCAUCGUGUCACACA